AUGAAAGUACCAAGCCGUAAUCUGACUCAUCAGCUGCUCAUGUGCGCUAGAAUACAAUUUCGUAUAGCAGCAGGGCCUCUUUCAACUAUUCGAAUUCUCCCAUUGUUCCGGAAAUAUGAGCGAUUUUGGAUUCCUUCCGAUGCGGCAUCAAUGGUCUACUAUGGACCAGGCAUUUUUCAUCCUGCUAGGAGUCGUCGAUCGACCUCUCAGUCACAUCUGUCAUCAAGUGCAUCGUUCGAAGGUGUUUUUUUCGUCGAUCGUCAAGUCAAUUUCGCUUCGAUUAAUUGGUCUUCUGUAGACGAACAGGUGUGGGAGCCGUUAGCAUUUACAGACACCAAGGCACCACUUUAG